CUCUCUCCACGCACACCACAUCUCUUUCCUCUCCGUCUCUCCACCGCCUGACCUCCCGCCGCUGCUACACCACCACCGCCCGCCUUCCUACCCCACCCCGCUCCCCACUCUCGUUCCGAGCAUCUUCCGAGCCCAGCUGCGUCUUUGGCAGUGGUUUACGCUCUCCCUCCCCUACCUCCGUACACUGUAUCCCACCACCCGUGGAGCAUACCUCGCCCGCACUUUACUCUCGCAGCCCCAGCCCCUUCUCCCCCCGUCUCCCGCGGAAGCCGCCGAAGACCAAGUGUCGAUUCCAGACGCCAGGUCACUAGCAGGAACGGCACGAACGUCCCACACAUCCCUUUCGACCAACAUUCUUUAUCCUGAGCCAGCGAGUACACCAGUGGGAUCUAUCUCCGCACAUCGCUUCUGCCGUCCGCAUCUCCAUCUCCAUUACCAUCCUCCCACUCGCCGACAGUGCGAGCACCAGCCCCAGUGAGCACCCUUCACAAAUUCUGCCAUCUGAUAACUUACGUUCACCACCAUGAGUGCUUUCGGUUCUUCGCCCCUCAUGGACGCCUUUCCCACCCACCACUUUUCCGAACCACCCUCGCCUACCAAGACGGAGACAGAUGACCUUCCUAUGGAAGUAGAUCAAUCUUUCAGCUCUUCUCUUUCCAUCUCGGACUCUCCGGCCUUCUCCCCAACACCCGCUAUGGGUACCAACAGGGGUUCCGGCUCUUCCAACCUCCUCCCCACCCCGCCCGCUUUUUCGCUCAAGCCUAGACGACCGGAUCCUGUUCCGGUCCAGGUCCGACCCUCACCACGCUCAAAGACAUUCGGCGGUUCUGCUUUUGGCUCCAAGCCGCUCGGUCGCGAGAGGUCUUUCGGCACGGAGCUCUCUACUAACGGCAACGCCAGCAGGCGAUCCGUCGAGUUGACCAAGAAUGGCAAGGGCAAGAUGCUGCCGCCAUCUAUCCCCGAGAGUCGGAUGUUGAAGGUCCGAGGGUCAGUGCCCAUGCAAUGGUCGUCGUCAAACGAAGAGAUGGGUAGUCCAGGACCGAGAAAGAUGUUGGGAGUGCCCAGGACAGAGAGCGACCCACUUCUCUGCUCACCGGUAUCAGGCAGAUCACCGAGAACAAUUGACGACAACGAUAUGGACGUCGACUCUCCUCGCCCUCUAUCGGCUUCUGCUGCUCGACGCGGGUCCCUCAUGGCGUCUCCCGCGUUUGGCGGCCCGGCGUCGUUGAACGGCUCUCCAGGACUUGGCUCCUUUUUCUGUGACUCGCCCGGCCAGCCGGUGCAGGCGCCUCCAGCCAAGAGGCGCAGUCUCGUCACUCCUGCCUCUCCUUCCUCGAGCUCGCCCUCUGCCAAGCGCGCAUCUUUCGGCUUGUCUCGUCCGCCUCUGGAAAAGACCGCAUCAGUGGGCCCCAUGCUCUUUGGCAGCACUCGCAACGGAUCUAUGGGUACUCGCCGUGGUAUGACUGGCACCAAGCGUCCUACUCUUGGCCCCUUGUCCGCCACGACGGGCGACGCUUCCCGCAUGACCUCUGCCAGCUCGGCCUUCCCCAUUCUCUACGGCCCUCCAGCUCAGACAUUGGGUAGCGGUCAAAGCGGUACCUUCCCCCGUGCUGCCAUGGCUCCCAUGCGACGUGCUUACUCUGUCUGCGACCAGCAAAAAGCGCAUGAGGUGGAUGAUGAUGAAAGCGAGUUUGAGAACUCUCCGUCGCUUGGGACACAUGCCGAGUAUGCGAGGAGGUAUGACUCCAGAAUGGCCUCUCAUGUUGAUGGCUCUCCUGGCUUCAAGCCUUCGAGAGCUUCUAUCGCUGCCUCUGGUGAGGGAGUCGCGAGCCCUAUGGGCAAGAAGAUUAGCCCCUAUGGUCCUGGAGGGUUGCCCGGUUUCGGUGAUAACGAGAUUGACGGCAAGAUCCUGCCUUGUCACAAAGUCAAGGAGGAUGGUUUGGUGAGGAUCACCCCUGAUACUCUCGACAGCCUCCUUGACGGCAAGUACAAUGACAAGCUGAAACGGUUCCAUGUCAUCGACUGCCGAUUCCAAUACGAGUACGAAGGCGGUCACAUCGCCGGCGCCGUCAAUGUCAAGUCGAUGGAUGCGCUCGAUCGCUUGCUUCUCUCUGAGGAUGAGGGUCUUCACGCCAAUGGGGAAACUUUGCCUACCCCGAGCCGCAGCGGAGAGUUGCCAGACGGCCAACCGGUUGUACUCGUUUUCCACUGCGAGUUUAGCGCCAAGCGAGCCCCUACCUUUGCCAAACACCUGCGCUCCCGCGACCGACUCCUCAACAAUGCCAUAUAUCCUCGCAUCUUUUACCCCGAGAUCUACAUCCUGGAAGGUGGCUACUGCGGCUUCUAUCAAACCCGUUCCGACCGCUGUGACCCCAAGGGCUACACACGUAUGGAUGACCCCGAACACUUUCAUUCGCGCGACUCUGACUUGCACGAGUUCCGCAAGUUUAGCCGAACCCGUUCAUUCACCUACGGCGAGUCGCAGCAGGCAGCGGCUCAAACGUCGAGGGCGCUGCCCCCUUGUCCACCUAUGGCCUUUGCUGCCGCCUCAGCUGCUGCUGCUAGGCGGAAUGGAGCCAGUGGAGUGACGAUCAAGGAAGAAGACGACGGGGAGCCCGAAUCCUCGCCUCACCCAGGCGACAGCAGCGCCGAAGUAGACUUUGGGACGGACGCCAGUCCUUGUCCUCGAGGGCAAGUCGUGAGCUUGGGUCAACCGCCUCUCUUUGGCUCGGCCAGACCACGGACAUUGGGCCGAAUGGGUUUCGCGAGAGUUGCCUCGUACGCGGGUUCUACGAACCCCAACUCUACUGGCUCGGGCUUUCGGUAAUAACUCUGGCCUUAUAACGACACUUACAACGAAAACGAAAUGAUCACGUAUCACACGACCACAACAUGCCUCCACCACCCCUUUCCCCACCUAGAAGCGCCCGGUUUCGCUUUUACUGUGAAUAAUAAUAUUGAAAUCUCUAUCUUUCUAAGACUUUUCGUCUUUCCCUCUGGGAGAACAUUAGCAUUGUAUCAUCACAGCUCUUCGCUUCAAUACGCAUCAGCAUUUUUGUCCUUAACGCCCUUUCCUCUUUGAUCUCAGCAAUCGUUUGGAGGGACCCUGUUAGUUUACCAUUAUAUUCCCGCGCUUGUCAUAUACACGGCAUUAUUAUUGUACUGUAUCUAUUACAGACCCCCACUUUUACUCUUACAUGUGAGCUCUUGAGAGCCUUUUAUGAUCUACCCCGAUGAACAUUGAUAUUGAGC